GCAUGGCGCCUCACAUGCGUUAAUAGACGUUCCGUCCUUUAAUUCGGGUUUAAACGAGAGUUGCAUUAUCCUUCCCGCCACAUCUAUUGCGAAGGAAAUUCAGUUAAUAAUCCUUGUUCACUGGGUUUGCAGUUCACCAAUUAACCAUGGCCAGUACGAGCGGCACGAAGCCGCAGAAAAUCCCGAAAGUUGCGAAGGUCAAAAACAAAACGCCGGCCGAGAUUCAAAUCACGGCCGAGCAACUUCUACGGGAGGCCAAGGAAAGAGACCUGGAGAUCUUGCCGCCGCCUCCAAAGCAAAAGAUCUCCGAUCCCGAAGAGUUAGCGGAAUACCAACUGAGGAAACGAAAGGGCUUCGAGGACAACAUCCGCAAAAACCGAUCUGUCAUCAGCAACUGGAUCAAGUAUGCACAGUGGGAGGAGAGUCAAAAGGAGAUACAGAGGGCUCGUUCCGUCUACGAGCGUGCAUUGGAUGUCGACCAUCGUAAUGUUACCCUCUGGCUGAAGUAUGCAGAGAUGGAAAUGAAGAACCGCCAGGUGAACCACGCUCGCAACAUUUGGGACCGCUCCGUGUCGAUCCUGCCGCGAGUGAAGCAGCUGUGGUACAAGUACACCUACAUGGAGGAGAUGCUGGGAAACAUUGCUGGUGCACGCCAGGUGUUCGAGCGCUGGAUGGAAUGGGAGCCCCAUGAGCAAGCCUGGCAGACUUACAUCAACUUCGAGCUGCGUUACAAGGAACUCGACAGGGCCCGGCAGAUCUACGAACGAUUUGUGAUGGUUCAUCCCGAUGUUCAACAUUGGAUCAAGUACGCCAAGUUCGAAGAGCACAACGGCUACAUCUCCAACGCGCGACGCAUCUACGAGCGGGCUGUGGAGUUUUUCGGCGAGGACUACAUGGACGAACGGCUGUUUGUCGCUUUUGCCAAGUUCGAGGAGAACCAGCGGGAGCAUGACCGUGUGCGGGUGAUCUACAAGUAUGCAUUGGAACACAUCCCCAAGGAGAAAGCGCAGGACCUGUUCAAGAACUACACCAUCCACGAGAAGAAGUACGGUGAUCGCGCUGGCAUUGAAGAUGUCAUCGUUAGCAAGCGCAAGUACCAGUAUGAAGAGCAAGUGAAGGAGAAUCCGCUCAACUACGAUGCCUGGUUCGACUACCUCCGGCUCAUGGAGAGUGAGGGCAAUGUGGACUCAACGCGCGAGACUUACGAGCGGGCCAUUGCCAACGUGCCACCUUCACGGCUCAAGCGCUUCUGGCGCCGCUACAUCUACCUCUGGAUCAACUACGCACUCUAUGAGGAGCUCGAAGUGGGCGACGCCGAGCGCACGCGCGAGGUCUAUCGGGCCUGCCUUCGCCUGCUGCCCCACAAGGCAUUCACCUUUGCCAAGGUGUGGCUCCUGGCAGCUCACUUUGAGGUGCGCCAGAAGGACCUGCCUGCAGCCCGCAAGUUGCUGGGCACUGCCAUAGGCCUCUGCCCUAAAGACAAGCUCUUUCGUGGCUACAUCGACCUGGAGAUUCAGCUGAGGGAGUUUGACCGCUGCCGCAUUCUCUACCAGAAGUUUCUCGAGUUUGCGCCCGAGAACUGCACCACCUGGAUGAAGUACGCAGAGUUGGAGACGAUCCUGGGCGACGUGGAACGGGCGCGGGCCAUCUUUGAGAUCGCCAUCAGCCAGCCGCGCCUGGACAUGCCCGAGGUGAUUUGGAAGAGCUACGUCGACUUCGAGAUCGAGCAGGAGCAGUAUGGGCUGGCAGCGCGCCUCUACGAACGCCUGCUCGAGCGCACCCAGCACGUCAAGGUCUGGAUUAGCUACGCCCACUUUCAGCUCAGCUAUGGGGGCAAGGAUCCCGUCCCAUUGGCCAGGACAAUCUUCGAACGGGCCAACAAGGAGCUCCGGAAUGCUGCCGAGAAGGAAGAACGCCUCAUGCUUCUUGAGUCUUGGUCAGAGUUCGAGGCCAGCCAUGGCGAUGAGCAGAGCCAGGAGUCAGUUGCCAAGCAGAUGCCGAAGAAGGUCAAAAAGCGAAGGAGAAUCGUCAACGAAGAUGGGUCGGAGGCCGGCUGGGAGGAGUACUUCGACUACAUCUUCCCAACGGACGAGACGGCAAAGCCGCACCUCAGGCUACUGGAGAUCGCCAAGAAGUGGAAGAAGCAAAAGCAGCAGCACGAGGAGGGUGACCGGAACGAGGGCGACGACGAGGACAACCUGGCAGACACCGGCCGACCAGAAGCGUGACAGCGCGGAGGAGGGCUCGACCGGCGUCUUGCACCUCCGCCGGUUCCAGAGUCGACACUGCGUUCACCCCACGCCAAGCGUCGCGUGCCAUUCUGUCGGAACUCUGCUGCUGCUGCUGGCAGCCAGCAACGUCAUCUUGUACAUACUAUACAUUUCAUCGUGGGAAUCACAUUACGGUCGUGUAAAUAUAGCAGAAACGCUCAUUUCA